AUGUACAUCGCUUUUGUGUUCGUAGAUACGGGCUUAUCUAUCUAUCUAUCUAUCUAUCUAUCUAUCUAUCUAUCUAUCUAUCUAUCUAUCUAUCCAACGAUGCCACAUAAAGGGACAAAUUCCAACUCUCUGUGUAGCGAAUUGGUCUUUAUCUCUCUGUGGAGGGAUAUUUUUUUCCGGCAUUCUUUGUAUUGGCAGUAUUGCAUUUGCAGUCAUUACCAAUAUUUUAUUUCUCUAUCUAUCUAUCUAUCUAUCUAUCUAUCUAUCUAUCUAUCUAGCGAAGUACAUUUUUUCUGGUCCGAUAACUUUUCAACACCUUGCAUAUCUCGUUUAUUCUGUCCAUAUCCUCCUGUUUAUAUGAAUGUAUCUAUCUAUCUAUCUAUCUAUCUAUCUAUCUAUCUAUCUAUCUAUCUAUCUAUCUAUCUAUCUAUCUCACCCUGUUCAUAUCUAUCUAUCUAUCUAUCUAUCUAUCUAUCUAUCUAUCUAUCUAUCUAUCUAUCUCACCCUUUGUUUCUUUAUCUCUUCUUCUUCUCCUUCUUCUUUUUCUUCAUCGGAUUCUUCUUCUUAUCCUUCAUCGUCAUCGUCUUCUCCUUUUCCUUGUUUUUCUUGUUCUUAUUAUUUUUCUUCUUCCUCCUCCUUCUUCAUCUUUCUUCUUCUUCUUCUUCUUCUUCUCUUUUUCUUCUUCUUCAUCAUUCUUCUUCUCCUUCUUGUUCUUGUUCUUCUUCUUCAUCGUCAUCUGCUGCUUCUUCUUGUUUUUCUUGUUUUUCUUCUUCUUCUUCUUCUUCUUCUUCUUCUUCUUCUUCUUCUUCUUCUUCUUCUUCUCUGAUAUUUUCCGUUUCUUUCCCAAUCCUUUCUUUUCUUUCUGCUUUCUCAUCCUCCUCCUCUUCUUCUUCUUAUCCUUGCGAUCGUGUACAAACAAAUGUGAUUUUUAAAUUGGUCACUACUCUCCCUUCCGUCCGCCAUCUUUCUCGCUCCAUCUCUUGUUCUGUAUCUCUCUCUCUCUCUCUCUCUUUCUCUCUCUCUCUUUCUGACUAA